AUGGCUACGUACCGACGACGGACAGAUAGAUGGACGACGGACGAUGGCGACGCCAUCGCCGGCGACGACGACAGCGACGACGACGACGACGCCCAUGGCGGCGGCGACGGCGACGACGUUGCCGACGUUGUUUGCCCUCAUCUUGUCAUCUCGCCGCGUCGAUCGCCUUUUAUUCCCCCAACACUUCCGACAGACAAUAUCACUGCAGUUCACUACGUAAUUUGCUGA